AUGAAGUUUGUCCCCUCAAUGUGUCCGUACGAGGCCUAGCUACAGAGCUAUCCAAUCAAUGCAAAGUGAAAACAAAUCCUAAAAUGCGUUUAGGAAAGCACAACUUUAAUAAAUAAAUGUGUUUUGAUCAUAGUUCGUGUUCUUAUACACAAGGUGAAUCUGGAGAGCAUCGCGAAACUGUGUGUUUGAAGAUACAAUGGCUUUAGUUUCAGCAGACACCAAAAUCGCAGAGUUGCUGAAUGAGCUGCAUCAGCUUAUAAAGCAAACUCAGGAAGAGCGAUCAAGAAGUGAGCAUAACCUUCUCAACAUCCAGAAAACACAUGAAAGGAUGCAGACAGAAAAUAAGACUUCUCCAUAUUAUAGGACAAAGCUGAGGGGUCUUUACACAACAGCUAAAGCUGAUGCUGAGGCUGAAUGUGGUAUUCUUCACCGGGCACUUGACAAGAUUGCUGAAAUUAAAUCUCUGUUGGAGGAAAGACGGAUUGCUGCCAGGAUGGCAGGAGUGUACAGUGACACCGACCCACCCAGGAAGACCAUGCGCAGAGGUGUCCUGAUGACCUUGUUACAACAGUCAGCCAUGACCCUUCCUCUUUGGAUUGGCAAACCUGGCGAGAGUCCACCACCACUGUGUGGUGCUAUACCAGCAAGCAGUGACUAUGUGGCGAAGCAGGGGGACAAGGUGGCGGCACGUGUGAAGGCUGUGGAUGGUGAUGAACAGUGGAUUCUUGCAGAGGUCGUCAGCUACAAUCACUCCACUAACAAGUAUGAAGUGGAUGACAUUGAUGAAGAGGGUAAAGAGAGACACACAUUGAGUCGAAGAAGAAUCAUUCCUCUCCCACAGUGGAAAGCAAACCCAGAGUCCGACCCGGAAGCCCUGUUCAGUAAAGAUCAGCUGGUGCUGGCCCUCUAUCCACAGACCACUUGCUUUUACAGGGCUCUGAUCCACACGCCGCCACAUCGGCCCCAGGAUGACUACUCCGUGCUGUUUGAGGAUACAUCUUAUGCAGAUGGUUAUUCUCCACCUCUCAACGUUGCUCAGCGAUAUGUAGUGGCCUGCAAAGAGAACAAAAAGAAGUGACAGAAAUAUAAAACAAUGGGACAUUGUUUGCAAAAAGACCCUGCAUGAUUGUUGUGAUUGAAAACAGGAUACUGAGCAUCAAUUCUGUUUUUAUGUGCUUUUGUCCCCUUUUUUAUGUAUAUAGUGUUGGUAUAUUUUCUACUGCAUCUUUUGUAUUAUGUUUUUUGUGGAUCUGGAUACAAAGAGACCAACUGCAAGUGAAUUGUGCAAAAAAGUAAUAAACCCCUUACAUGUGAAUGGAA